AUGGAUGAACAUAUUGAUCUACCAACAACUAGUGAUGUGUCAGUCAAAGUUUCUAGUGGUGACAUAAAACUGAAAAUAUUAACUUUAAUGGACACUGAGCAAAAACUAAGUACAUUAACAGGUAUUUCCUCUUAUCAACUUCUUGAUAGCUUAAUUGAAAGUAUGCAACUUACAAAUCUAGUUUCCAGUCGUAAUCAAAAUAUUCUUUCCCUUAAAGAAAGAAUUGUAAUGACAUUUAUGAAAUUGAAACUAGCUAUAUUUUUUGAUUGUUCUAAUGAUAAAUGCAAGCGAAAUACUAUUGAUAUUUUAUCAUUUAUUUUGAAACCAAUCAUUUCUUGGCCAUCUAGAACUGAAAUAAAAUGCAAUAUUCCAACGUGCUUCAGAAAGUUCUCAGAUAAUAGAAUUGUUAGAAUUGUUAUAGACUGCAUUGAAAUUCCAUUAGUGAAACCUAAAAAUUUAACUGGAUCUAUAAUAACUUAUUCACAAUAUAAAUCAACUUACACAGCUAAAUAUAUGACAGGCAUAACACCUGGUGGAAUUUUAUCUUUUAUAACUCCUGCACAUGGUGGCCGAACAUCAGACAAAUUUAUAUUUGAAGACAGUAAACUAAUUGAUAAAUUAGAGAACGGAGAUGCAAUAAUGUGUGACAAGGGAUUCCUUAUUGACUAUAUUUGUGCUCAAAGGCUUGUAAAACUUUACAGACCACCUUUUUUGAAAGAAAAUAAACAAUUGAGUAAAGAUGAAUCACUUAUGAAUGUAGAUAUAGCUAGUGCAAGAGUUCAUAUAGAGAGAGUAAACCAGAGAAUAAAAGUUUUUAAUGUUUUCCAAAAAUAUCCCUCUAAUCUACUCUCUAGAUUAGUUGCUUCAUUUACAAUAAUAUGUGCAAUAGUAAAUUUAAGCCAUCCAAUUCUUGCAAAUGAUAAAUUUGUUACCUAA